AUGGCUAAGACAGGGGAAAGCUUGAGAGACAAACCUAGAUGGAAUCUGGGAGGAAUGACCGCUCUAGUCACCGGUGGCUCCAAAGGCCUAGGUGAAGCUGUGGUGGAGGAACUAGCCAUGUUGGGGGCCAGAGUCCACACAUGUGCCAGAGACGAAACUCAGCUUCAAGACAGCUUACGUGAAUGGCAAGCAAAAGGGUUUCAGGUCACCACUUUUGUUUGCGAUGUUUCCUCUCGUGAACAACGAGAGAAACUCAUGGAAACCGUUUCCUCUCUCUUCCAAGGAAAACUCAACAUCUUCGUAAGCAACGUAGGGACUGGUGUACUCAAGCCGACAACAGAGUGUACAGCAGAAGAUUUCUCGUUCAUCAUGGCUACAAAUCUGGAGUCAACUUUUCAUCUAUCACAGAUCGCUCACCCUUUGUUGAAAGCCUCUGGUUCAGGGAACAUUGUGCUUAUGUCUUCCGUUGCUGGGGUUGUGAAUUUGAGUCGUGCAUCCAUCUAUGGAGCAACCAAAGGAGCCAUGAAUCAGCUAGCUAGAAAUUUGGCGUGCGAGUGGGCGAGUGAUAACAUAAGGGUUAACUCUGUUUGUCCAUGGUACAUCACAACUCCUGCAAGUAGAAAUUUUCUUAGUGAUAAAGAUGUAAGAGAAAAGGUCGAGAGUGUGACACCGAUGGGGCGUGUUGGAGAUGCAAAUGAAGUCUCGUCGCUUGUUGCAUUUCUGUGUCUGCCUGCAGCUUCUUAUAUAACUGGCCAGACCAUCUGCGUUGACGGAGGUUUCACUAUUAACGGUUUCUCUUUCCCUUAA